AUGGAUGCUUUAGCCCCGGACAACAACGAAGCCGAGGUAGACAACAAGGACUAUGAGAAUGUACAAGAUAAAUCUUUGUUUGAUUGGGAUUCUGUGGUUCUUGGUGGUCUUUGGGAGGAGAGAAAAUUGGAAUUCUUUCAUUAUCAAACUAAGAAUUCGCUCGAAUGCCAUUAUGAGAACACGCUUCGUUAUUACGCCAUUCUCAAACACUGGCUUACAGCUACUCUCCUCUACUCUCUAGACAUCCUGACGGCUCAACUUCGUUUUCUUUUCUGUCUCUCACUCGUUUUCUUUUCUGUCUCCUCCUCUCUGCUCCUCCUCUCUGCCUCGCUCUCUGGACGGCCGACGGCGCACAGCGCCCGCCUCCCUACGGCGAGCUCCACCGGCGUUGGUCGGCUCCCCACGACGAGGUCCACCGGCGUUGGUCGGCUCCCUACGGUCGCGGAGGUGCUUGCCAUCCUCGACUCCCAGGGCUUCGGCCGCCUCUCCGACGCCGCGGACGAUUCAGGCUCAGAGUACGAGGCCGACACGGGCGAUCCCAAUGCCGGCGAGAGGGACGGAGGCGGCGGGAAUGCAGCGGAGGACGCGCUGUCGAGGUCAGAGCUGGGAGCCCCGGCGGCGGCGGCUGCUGCUGCCUCUGCUGCUCAGGCCGGGGGCUUGUCAUGGAGGGGCCGCGCCGCGAGCCCGGAAUGCGAGAGGCGGCGGCCGCAGCACCAACAGCACAAGGGUAGGCAGCUAAGGCAGAGGCACGGCCACGACCACAGGAGGGGUUACUUUUACUGUCGCGUCGCGGAUUCGUCGCCCAAGUACCACCCAGGGCAGUCUUGCCGGAAGAUCAAGAGGAAGGAGCUGAGAUCUCAGACAGAAGAAGAGGAGGGCAACGACAAUGCAGUGGAGAGCACGGAGGACGGGCAUGAGAGAUCAGAUUGUACUGUUUGCACUGAUCAGACGGCUAAUGUUGAUGGCGAGGUGAACCAAGAUGGGCAUGGCUCUUCUAGUAAUGGAAGAGUGGAGGGUCGUGAUGAUCUUGCCAUGGUAUAUCAGAAGGAUGGGGAGAUGGAGAGGGUACUCGAGAAGCAGGCUGAGCUAAUUGGACAGUUCGAGGCUCAAGAAAAUGCUUAGAGGGAGUGGGAGGAGAAAUUCAGCCUGAGCCAGGAUUCAAUUAUGGUACACACUUUCCUUUUUCAGAUAUGAAUCAUUUUUUACUUAAUACGAAGUUAUUGCAUUUGACUGUAUAAAAAAUAAAAUGAGCUAAUAUUUUCAUAUUGCCCACUCAUUUCUGCUCUCCAACUUCCAAGAUAAUGUUAACUUAUUAAACAACAAGCUAAAUCAGGCUGAAAAUGCUAGUGGGAGGAGGGAAACUGCUCGGGAGAGCGAGGCAGAGAGGAGGA